GAACUGCUACCGGCUGGUUUCCGAGCUAUCAACACGUACGAUUAUUGCGUUGUUGAGCUACCGAGCUCCCCUCCCUCGCGUUAUGUGACCUUAAGCUACACUUGGGGCGGCACACCAGAAGCAAAGGAGCUGCAGCUCGAACAAUCCAAUCAGAAUGAACUUUGCAAGCCCGGAUGCCUGAAAUUGCUCAGCGGCAUCCCAGACCUGAUUCGCGAUGCAAUCAGAUUCUGCGCCGACAUGGGUGAGCGGUACCUGUGGGUAGACCGAUUGUGUAUUGUACAGGAUGAUCUCGAGGCGAAAUUGGAACAGAUCAAUGCCAUGGACCGCAUCUAUCACAUGGCAUCUUUCACUCUCAUAGCGGCCAUACCUCUAGAUAUCGGCCUCCCCGGUGUGGUUGGUAGGCCUCGGCGUUCGCAGGUUUCGAACUGGAAUCGAAAAUUUCACUUGAAGUAUCGAUUCAUUGUCGAUAACUUCAGCCCGAAUAUUUCCAAGUCAUUCUGGAAUAGCCGUGGUUGGACCUACCAGGAGUUCACCUUGUCGCGACGGGUCAUCUUUAUCACCGAAUGGCAAGCGUACUGGAUCUGU